AUGUCAGACAUUCAACAACAACCUGCAGCCGUUUCCGAUGUUCAAGUUGAAGCGAAAGAGACUAAUGUACAAGUAGAGCAAAAAGUAGCAGAAGUCAAGAACGACGUGGAACAAAAAGUUCAAGCUGCAGCAAAUGAAGUCGUCGAUGCAGCUAAAGAUAAAGCUGCCGAAGUGAAAGAUGCAGCAGAAAAGGCAGCUGAUGAUGUUAAAGAAACUGGUGCUCAAGUUGUUAGUGAAGCUAAAGAAGCUGGCGCACAGGCAGCGAACGAUACGGCACAGAAAGCUGGUGAAGUAAAAGAUGCUGUACAAGAAAAGGCCGAACAAGUUAAGGAAGCUGGCGCACAAGCGGCCGAUGACGCCGCACAGAAGGCAGAUGAAGUAAAAACCACGAUCGUUGAAACGGCUGUUCACGCUAAAGAUGCAGCAGUGGAAAAAGCCCAAGACCUGGGACAUGUUGUUGCUGAGUCAGUACAAGCUGUUCCGACAGCUGUAGCUGGUGCUGCUAAUUUAGUAGGUGAACAACUGGUAGCUGCUGGGCAAUGGGCUUCGGAAAAGGUAACUGAAGUCGGUUCAGCCGUUGUUCAUUCGGCAGAAGAAGCUUUGCAAAGUCUGGCCGGAUUAGCUACUGUUGCCAAAGAUAAAGUGACUGAAGUAGUUAGUCAAGCCAUAGAUAGAGGCGCUGAAUUGGAGAAACAAGUGACAGGAAAUGUCGAAGAAGCGAAGGACAAAGCUGAAGAAAAGAUCGAUGAAGCAAAAGCGAAAGGAGAAGAAGUGAAGCAAGAUGUUCAAGAAAAGGCCGGUGAAUUGCAAGAGAAAGCAGCCGAAAAAGUGGAUGAAGCAAAAGAUAAGGCUGGUGAAUUAGCCGCUGCUGCUUCAGGCAAAGCCGAAGAAGUAAAACAAGAUGUUCAAGAGAAAGCUGCUGAAGUCAAAGAUGCAGCUUCGGAAAAAACUGAUGAAGCGAAAGAAAAAGUUAGUGAAGUAGCAACUGCUGCUGCAGAUAAAGUAGAAGAAGUCAAACAAGAUACCCAAGAAAAAGCUGGAGAGGUGAAAGACGCUGUUUCGGGGAAAGUUGAAGAAGCGAAAGAAAAAGCUAGUGAAUUAGUAGAAAAUGCUUCAGCAAAAGUAGAAGAAGUGAAACAGGGUGCUGAGCAAAAAGCGAGUGAAGUGAAAGACGCAGUAGCAGAGAAAGUGGAAGAAGUCAAAGCUGCAGGUCAAGAAGUAAAACAGGAAGUCGAACAAAAAGCUGGUGAGUUGAAAGACGCAGCGGUGGAAAAAGUUGAUGAAGCGAAAGAAAAAGCAGGCGAACUUGCUGCUGAUGUCAAAGCAGCAGGACAAGAAGUGAAACAAGAAGCUGAACAAAAAGCUGACGAACUGAAAGAUAACGCUUCCAACAAAGUCGACGAAGCAAAAGAUAAAGCUGCUGAAUUGACUGCUGAUGCUCAAGCGAAAGGCGAAGAAGUCAAACAAGUUGCUGAACAGAAAGUUGACGAAGCGAAAGACAAAGCUGGUGAACUCGCUGCAGACGCCAAAGCAGUGGGGCAAGAAGUCAAACAGGAAGCCCAACAAAAAGCUGAUGAAGUAAGAGACAAAGUGUCUGAGAAAGUCGAUGAUGCAAAAGAUAAAGUUGCCGAAGUUGCAGCUGAUGCUAAGCAAGCGGGCGAAGAAGUGAAAAAUAAUCUUGAACAACAAGCCGAACAACCUCCAACGAACGUCCCGUCAACAAACACAGUUGAAACUGCAACACCAUCAAACGAUCAAGCUGCACCUGCUAACAUAGCCGAAACGAAAUAA